GCGCAGUCGUGAUGUCAUCGGUCAUCUGUGUUGGGCGAUUACGUGUAGCUCACCGUCCUGGGUUGGCUAGCUUGACAGAGGAAAAAGCAACGACUUGGAGACGGCCGUAAAGACAUUUUUCCGCGUAACGGACAAGGCAACAGCAGUAGACACGAGUAGAAGACUCACGAAGUAAAUUUGGAAUUGUUAUGAUUUUGCAAAAUGAAAAUACGAAGGUCUUCUUCAUUUAAGGGCACCUGCAGAUGUUCAGGUGUUUGUUACGCAAAGAAGCAAUGAAUUCCCUGCUCUGUAUGGUGUUCCAUACUCUCUAGGAGCUUCUGUUAAGGAAUUCGCCGCUCAUAUAGACAUGUUUGCCAAGCUGAAGAAAAAGCUUGCAGAAGAGGCAGCCACAGCCCCACGGAGUGGCGUUCGAUUACCCCGUACCAUCAGCAAGGAAUCCAUCACUUCAGUGGGGGCAGACUCAGGAGAUGACUUUGCAUCUGACGGGAGCAGCUCCAGGGAUGACCUGCCUGCUCAACUCCUAAGGAGGAAUCAUCAGAUCCGAAAACUAGAAGGAAAGCUAUCAGACUACGCUGAGCAGCUGCGAAUAAUGCAGAAGACCAAGGAGAAGCUUGAAAUUGCAUUAGAAAACCAUCAGGAUUGUACGUACCUCUCCUUUCGCUCCCUCCCAACCACUUCCAUAAAAAAACUUCAAGAGCAGAAUGAGUUACACCAGGCGAGCAGAGCUAAAAUGGCAGAGGGAAUGACUCUAGCCCUGGACAAAAAGGACCAGGAAUGGAUGGAGAAGUUGGCUGUAGUGGAAAAGGAGAAGACUGCCUUAUCAGCAAGACUUGAUGAGAUGAUGGAGCAAAGCUUGACACUCUUCCAGAAGAGGGAUGAUGUGGAUGAACUGGAGGGAUAUCAGCAACAAGAAAUUGCUAAAGUCAAACACAUGUUGCUGAGAAAGGAAGAACAGCUCAGUCAGCAUGAACGGGACCUACAGCAGCAGGAGGCUGAACUUCAUUCUACGAAGCAGAGGCUUUCCGAAUCUCAGGGGAAACUUCAAGCUUUACAAAAUCAACUUGAGGAGAGCUCCAAAUGCACAGCUGAGCUGGAAAUAGAACGAGAGGAACUGCUACUGCUCAGAGAAGAGACAGAAAAGAAAAUUGGUGAUUUGGAGGGACAAAACCAGAAGCUACAGUUGGCUAUCCAACAGGUCUCAGCAGACAUGCAGAGGUCACAGAGUAUGCUGUCGUUUUCAGAGAGGUCCCUUCAGGAUCUUCAGACCGAAUAUAAUACCUUGAAGUCAAAACAACAAAAGGCUGCUGUGACAGAGGAGGACAAGGAGCGCAUGUUGGGGCAUCUUCAGAAGAAAGUGAACACCUUAGAGAGGCAAUUGCAAGGAAACCUGAGCCAGGAUGACCAUCUACUUGAGCUUCUUCAGGAGAGGUCCAGUCUCGAGCAAAGACUGGAAGAGACCAGAACAGAACUACUCGAAUUUCGGACCAUUCAUGCUGAUAGAGUCAGCUCCUUCGAGGCACAGAUAUCCAAAAUGACAUGCAGCAUUACAGAGCUGCAGACACUUCUCCGACAUAAAGAUGAAUCCUCAAGGUCCUAUCGAGACAGAACAGACACACAAAUAGCAACCCUGGAGCAGCAGGUCCAAGAAAGUUGUGAUCGACUUAAGAGUGCACAGCAGCAGAUUGAAGUGAAAGAACAGCAGACAGAAAAAUUGAAAGGAGAGUGGAGUGCAAACAAAGCCUUUUUGGAUCAGCAGAUGUGUUUGUUGCAGCAGCAGAGUCUUGAGAAGACAAACAGACUGGAGGAGACUAUCACCGCUUUACAAACAGAUAUAUGCAGAAUGCAAGACACAAUGGCUGACCUUGAGAGGCAACGAGAUCAGGCAAAUGUCACGCUGAAACAGCAAAUAGAAGAGUUGGAACAAUGCAAGGUGGAGUUGGAAGGCAGGCAGACAGUUAGCACUGAAAUCGCCAAAGCUCUAGAGGAAAGCAGGCGACAGAGAGAAGAACUACAAACACAGGUUGAAGUGUCGACUACUUCGCUUAAGAGAUCACAACAGGAGUUGUCAACCGUCAGUGAGAAGCUGAUGUUGAAAGAAAAAGACAUCCAAAGGCUACAUGAAGAGGUGCAGAGUCAGCAGGCAUCAUUCGUCCAGCUGCAGGACAAACUUGAGCAGCUCCGGGCCCAACGGGAGCAGAUUGAGCUGGACAAAGACUCACAGUUAGCUCACCUGCGAGAAGAGCUUCUUAGCCAGAACCAACUGCAAGAUGCUUAUCAGACUCGGAUCUCCUAUUUAGAGGUGGAGGUAGAGACCCUGACAGAACAGCUCCACAGCCCUGCAGUGUGCGAGGAGGACCACAAUGGCAGCGUGACAGUGGAUGAUCUAGAUCACAUUCAGAAGGUUAACAAAGAGCUCGAGCAGCAGCUCAGUGAUAAAAACAGGACUAUCAAACAACUCCAGCAGCGAAUGGCAGAACUAAAAAGAACGUUGCAAAAAGAACUGAAGCUGAAACCUGAGCCAGAAGAGGAAGCAAAAGAUAAGAUAGCAGAAAGUGUGGUCAUAAAACAAGAAAUGGUUUUUGCAGAACUGCCACCAGUGUCUAGUCCAAGCCUUCCUACUGCAAACACCACAGUGACCAAUACCUCAGACCUUAAUGACUUAAGAGAAAUUAACUUUGAAUACUUGAAGCAUGUUGUUCUCAAAUUCAUGUCAUCCAGAGAGGCUGAGGCAUAUCAGCUAAUACGAGCUGUGUCUGUGCUGCUGAACUUUACUCACGAGGAAGAAGACAUGUUAAAGCAAACUCUGGAAUAUAAAAUGUCUUGGUUUGGCUCUAAGCCCUCUCCAAAAGGUAUUAUGCGGCCUUCAGUCUCAGGCUCUUCGACCCACUGGAGCUGAUAGACUACAAGGAAGGCACUAAUCAAGAGACAGAAACGCGAGGAUCACCAUCAGGAGGAAAUUAGCCCCCCUUGUGUCACUCCAAACAUUUAGUUGGAAGUGAGCUCCAAAACUUUAACCAGUUUCCUGCUGACACACUGUCCCUGGCUCUGUGGGGUAAAGGACUAUUGUUUUUAUUGUUUUUGGGAGAAGGGCUGCAUGGAUUUUUUUUUUUUAUUCAGCUGUAGAUUUUAAAAAUGACACUUUGAAAGUUGCAGCCAGUGACAUUGUUAAAGAAACAUUUACACUGGAAGUGGAGUUGUCGUAUUUGUUUUUACUUACACGACACCUACUGGACCUACUUUGCCUUAAGAAACUGACGCAGUUUCUUUUUUCGACGCAAGCUGACAGUCUCAUUUUCUUAAUUGUUUUUCACUCUUCUAAAUGAAAAUACCCUUAUUCUGUGAACAAUUAUGAGUCAAGGGAUUCCACA